AUGGCUAGUAGACCGAUUUCGUUCGUCACUGGAAAUGCGAAAAAGCUGGAAGAAGUACGUGCCAUCCUUGGGAGCUGUUUCCCAUGGGAAAUUGUAGCUGUAAAGCUAGAUCUUCCCGAACUGCAAGGAGAAAUCGAUGACAUCUGCAAGCGCAAGUGCCUCGAGGCGGCUCGCCAAGUACAGGGACCGGUAAUGGUAGAGGACACAUGCCUGUGCUUUAACGCCUUAAAAGGGCUUCCUGGUCCGUACAUCAAAUGGUUCCUUGACAAGCUCGGUCCGGAAGGAUUGCAUAAGCUUCUCGAUGGUUGGGAAGAUAAAUCCGCUCAAGCGGUAUGCACGUUCGCUUACACCGACCAACCAGACGGGGAGGUCAUACUGUUCCAGGGACGCACCGAUGGAGACAUAGUGGCACCACGUGGUCCACGAGAUUUCGGUUGGGAUCCCGUAUUUCAACCCACCGGAUACGACCAAACGUACGCCGAACUGCCAAAGACAAAAAAGAACGAAAUCUCUCACCGAUACCGUGCGCUGGCAAAGCUGGCCGAACAUUUCUCUGCCGAAAGCAAAUGA